AUGUUCCCAGGGUCGGAACUCAGAGGGGUUAUAAGAGUUGACACACAAGAAUUACAAGCUUCAUCUGCACUGAAAACACAUUUCAGCCGACUAGUGCUUGGGUUUCCUGAACCAGGCUGGGUUGCUGAGUGGAUUUCAACUGAAAACAAGUGUGAUCCUGUUGGCUUGUGUGGCUUGAAUUCAUAUUGCAUUCUUAAUAAUAGCAGUAAAGAAACUGAUUGUUCUUGUCUUCCUGGUUUUGAUUUCAUUGAUCCUAACCAGAAAAACCUUGGCUGCCAAAGGAAUUCGAGCAUAGAUAGUUGCGCAAGCGAUCAUGAAAAGGUGUUUCGUGUUGCUGAAUUUGAUGAGCUUGAAUGGGAAAACAACUCAUACUCAGUCGUGUCUUACAUGAACAAGACUGACUGCCAAGAGGAUUACUUGAGAGACUGUAAUUGCAUGGUGGCUUUGUUCGGAAAACAGCAGUGCAGCAAACAAAUGGUUCCACUGAGAUUCGCCAAGCCUGAGACAGAAGGCUUAAUAACAACCAUAGUCAAAGUGCCUUAUGGUGGUGACUAUGGUUCCCAUUCCAACAUGCCUCCCAAGAAAGGCCACAGAAAAAACACCAUUGUCUUUGUCCUUGCUUGUAUAAUAGUUGUUUUAACCAUCUUAUUAUUUUCUCUAUUGAGAGAACUUGAAAUUGCCACAAGUGGCUUCAUCCACAAAUUGGGCAGGGGUUCUUUUGGGACAGUCUUUAAAGGAACAAUAAACUUGCCAAAUGGUGAGAGAGCCAUUGCUGUGAAGAGACUAGAGAAAGUUGCAGGAGAAGGAGAAGUCGAAUUCCAAAACGAAAUGAGAUCAAUUGGAAGAACUCACCACAGAAACUUACUUAGGCUUCUUGGUUACUGCCAUGAAGGAUCAAAUAGGCUUCUACUAUAUGAGUACAUGACCAAUGGAUCACUAGCAAACUUUCUCUUCAAAUCUGAGGUAAAGCCAAAGUGGAAUGAAAGAGUUAAUAUGGCUUUUGGCAUAGCUAAAGGACUCUUGUAUCUUCAUGAAGAAUGUGAGAAUCAAAUCAUUCAUUGCGACAUAAAUCCCAACAACAUACUUAUCGACGAAAAACGUACAGUUAAGAUUGUAGACUUUGGAUUGGCUAAACUACUAAGGCCAGAUCAAACAAGGACAACAAUUGGGAUCAAAGGAACAAGAGGGUUUGUUGCACCAGAGUGGCAGAAGAACAUGGCUAUCACAUCUAAAGUUGAUGUUUAUAGCUUUGGAGUUGUCUUGUUGGUGAUCAUUUCUUGUCGUCCUCAUGUUGAUUUGAGUGUUCAUGAGAGAGAAGCCAUUUUGGUGGAGUUUACCUAUGAUUGUGUCAGGGCUAAUGAAGUGAGAAAUCUUGUGCAACUGCAAGAUGAUGAAGAUGUGGACGAGGAAGAGCUGCUUAGAAUGGUCAAAAUUGGGUUGUGGUGCAUUGAAGAAGAGCCAAAUAUUCGUCCUGCAAUGAAGAAGGUGGUGGCCAUGUUUGAAGGGACUGUUGAUAUCCCUCUUCCUCCUGGUGUAGCUUCUUACAAUGGUACUUCUUACCAUAGCGCUUCUUAUAACAAUGGUGUCCAUGUGAUUUGA